UUUCCAAUUUCUUCAACACUUAAAUAACUCAAUCAUCAUACCCCAAUCACAACUCCAUAUCAUACCCACCACCAGCAAUCCAUGGCUGCCACGGUUUCAACAGUCGGAAGUGUUAACAGAACUCCGUUGAGCUUGAACAGCUCUGGUUCUGGAGGCUUGGCUCCAAGCUCAGCCUUCCUGGGCAGCAGUUUGAAGAAGGUGAGCUCAAGGUUCACCCACCCGAAAAUUGCAUCUGGAAAUCUUAAGGUUGUUGCUGAAAUCGAUGAAGGGAAGCAGACCGCAAAGGACAAGUGGAAAGGCCUUGCCUUUGACACUUCUGAUGACCAGCAAGACAUCACCAGAGGAAAGGGAAUGGUUGAUUCUCUCUUCCAAGCUCCCUCGGGGUUGGGAACACACGAUGCUGUGCUGAGCUCAUAUGAAUACCUUAGUACCGGACUUCGUCAAUACGAUUUCGAUAACACAAAGGACGGUUUCUACAUAGCUCCAGCUUUCAUGGACAAGCUUGUGGUUCACAUCACCAAAAACUUCAUGUCCCUGCCUAACAUCAAGGUUCCUCUGAUUCUGGGUGUCUGGGGAGGCAAAGGUCAGGGCAAAUCUUUCCAGUGUGAGCUUGUCUUUUCCAAGAUGGGAAUUAACCCCAUCAUGAUGAGUGCUGGAGAACUGGAAAGUGGGAAUGCAGGAGAGCCAGCAAAAUUAAUCAGGCAAAGGUAUCGGGAGGCGGCUGACAUCAUUAGGAAGGGGAAAAUGUGCUGCCUCUUUAUCAAUGAUCUUGAUGCAGGUGCGGGUAGAAUGGGUGGAACUACUCAAUACACUGUGAACAACCAGAUGGUGAAUGCUACCCUUAUGAACAUUGCUGAUAACCCAACAAAUGUCCAGCUUCCGGGCAUGUACAACAAGGAGGACAAUCCCCGCGUUCCCAUCAUCGUCACCGGCAACGACUUCUCCACAUUGUAUGCUCCUCUCAUUCGUGAUGGCCGUAUGGAGAAAUUCUACUGGGCUCCAACCCGGGAGGACCGGAUUGGUGUUUGCUUAGGUAUCUUCAGGAGUGACAAUGUUGCCGAGGAGGAUGUCGUCAAGAUUGUUGAUACAUUCCCUGGCCAAUCUAUCGACUUCUUCGGUGCCAUUAGAGCUCGAGUUUAUGAUGAUGAAGUGAGGAAGUGGAUAUCAGGAGUUGGAGUUGACACCAUCGGGAAGAAGCUUGUUAACUCAAAAGAGGGUCCCCCAACCUUCGAGCAGCCCAAAAUGACUAUUGAAAAGCUCCUCGAGUAUGGCAACAUGCUUGUCAUGGAGCAGGAGAAUGUGAAGCGAGUUCAAUUGGCAGACACGUACUUGAGUCAAGCAGCUCUUGGAGAUGCAAACGAGGAUUCCAUCAAUCGGGGAACCUUCUAUGGCAAGGCAGCCCAACAAAUUAGUGUACCCGUCCCUGAAGGUUGCACAGAUCCAUCUGCAAGCAACUUUGAUCCAACAGCUAGGAGUGACAAUGGCAGCUGCCAGUAUUGAUCAGCCUAAGCCAUUUCUAGCCUUCUACAUGCUAGGCUAUAAAAAUGCUGUAUGAGGGUGGGGUGGGAGAAUUGUUGAUUUCCAGUAUUGCUUGCUUUCUCCAUAUGGAGAAGUAUUCCUAAUUUUGGUGUAAUUAACACAUAAUUUUUAUCUUAAUCAGUACUUUGUUUUAACAAUC